GAAGGGGGUUGGGGGAGAGAGUGAUUCAGUGCGCGCGCUCGCUCGCUCGCUCACUCACUCGCUGGCGUUCGCGCGAACCCGCCCGGGCCGGCGGCCUGGCAGCCGCGGAGCAGAGCGGCGGUCGGCGUGAGCGGGGGCCGCAGCGCCCAGGCGCGCCAUAUCAUGACAGCGUUAGCCGCCGCCUCCUUCUUCUCCAACAUCUGCAAUUUCGGCGGAUGCGGCCUCGCCUUCAACACCUUGGCAGAGCUCAUCGAGCACAUCGAAGACAUCCACAUAGCCAAAUUAGCCAAAUCUUGCUUGGGAGCCGAAAUCAGCAGCAAAGUAUUUGGAGAAAACGAUCCCAAGGUUUUGGAAAGACAGGAACAACAGCAGCCAUCUUAUAUCGCACUAAGUUAUAUCAACAGGUUUAUGACUGAAGCCGCUCGCCGUGAACGGGAACAAAUGAGAAAAAGACAUCAGGCCAAAUUAACGCCAGCUCUUUCCAGUCCUGUGGGAAGAGGAGGUACGCCUGCAUCACCUCACCCAGGCAAUGGGACCGCAGCUUUUCCAGGAACACCACCAGUUACACCAUCCUCUUCUGCCUGCAGUGGAACUCCAACUGGCAGUGAAUUAGAUGAAGAAGAAAUUGAAUGUGAAGAUUCUGACAGUGAUGAAUCAUGGACAACAGAAAGUGCUAUUAGCUCCGAGACUAUUCUAAGCUCAAUGUGCUUGAAUGGGGAUGAUGAGAAGCCAUUUGCUUGCCCUGUACCUGGCUGUAAAAAGAGGUACAAGAAUGUUAAUGGAAUCAAGUACCAUGCCAAGAAUGGCCACCGCACUCAAACCCGUGUCCGGAAAUGUUUCAAGUGCCGCUGUGGGAAAAGUUACAAGACUGCUCAUGGGCUUCGUCACCACACCAUCACCUUUCAUCCACCGGUGUCAGUUGAUAUGCUUAGAAAGAUGCAGUUGUGAGGCAUUUCUUCUCCCCCUCCUCCCCCCAUACCUGACAGAACUGCUAAUUGCAAACUCUGUGCUCUGCUAAGAGGGGUGAGUGAAGAGAUUGAAUUUUCCCUCAAGACUAAUUGUUACAAAUCUUGAAAAAAAUUGCUCUUUAUUCUUUAUUUUUAAAUGAACUGUUUCUGUAUAAAAUCAACUUUUUUUUAGUUAGAAAUUUGUAUUCCCAUAAUGGCAUCAAAUGCUGCUAACAAAUUAGAUACAGUAUUUUAUAUAUUAAUUUUGAAUUCCAGGGGAAGUACUUUAAUUGAUUUGUGCUUCAGAAAGGAUUUUUUUCAUUAUAAGCUACAACAUGCAAUUUUAGGUCACAACUUAAAAUUGAUGACAAUAAUUUUAUUUUUUUAUUGUAAAAUGUUUUUAAGAAUGUUAUCUGUUGUAUGGUAAGGUGCUGCUACACUUUAGACCCAGAUGUUUAAAACCUGGGGUCGAAAUAAAGGCUAGCUGCAUUAAUUAUUAUCAUUUAUAGAAUAGCGGCCUAUUUUGGUUGGGAGAUCGCCUUGACCAAUCCUUCCGUCAUAUACCACUAGAGUGAAUGCCAUGCAGUUGCCAGAUUUGUGUUGGACGUGGGGAGUAGGGAAGCAAUUCUCUUAAUUCUAAUAGAAAAUUUUCUCAAUCAAUUCAUGAAUUAAUUGACAGUUGUUUCAAAGUUAUCCGCAGUCCAAACAAAUCUUGAAGAAAAAUCUAUUUUAAAUAACUGAAAUGCUUGAUUUAAAGUUGGAAUCUAAGAUUGGAAAUUAGAUUUACUUGAUCUGGAAUUCUGUCAUAAGAAGUCAUUUUGUCAUGAGAAUAGAAAAGGAACGACCACGCUAGUUUGGUGGUUCGUAAAUAUGUGUGAGACUAAAUGCAGUGUCGCAGGUUAAAAUAUACUUAAUUUCUUGAGACAUAUGUUGGCCUUUAGUCUGCUAAAUCAGUGUGUGUGUGUUUAAUUAAAGCAGCAUGUGUACCAUAUGCUACUACAUAAGGUUUGCCUGUUUACAUCUAAAUAAUGUACUGUUGCAUUAAAAGAAAUUCUGUUGUCAGCAAGUUAAGUCAUGGCAAUUUGGUUACUUAUUGGAUGCCUGCCUAAAGUAAAAUCCUGACCUAAUUAUGCUUUUAAUAUGCAGUAUCAGCACUUUGGAAGUUUUAAAAGAUUUGUUUCUGUGGUUUAGAAAAUAUGAAUACUCCCUAAUUUAUUUUACAGAAUUAAUCAUGACCUGGGCAAUUAUUUUCCUUUAUCUUUCUCCAUUCCUUUAAAUUAAAAGAACUGACCAACAGCUUUUGCUUGGCAAAGCCACACACUUGGUUCUCUUUAGUGUAGUGUGGUUUUACAACUUAUAACAUCACAUAUCAAUGCCCAACAUUUGAUCAAUGGCAAGAUUUCAUUGGGGCAUCUGAGAAGAGUCAAAAUUGCUUCUUCACAUUUGAAAGCACUAUGUACUACUAUUGACAAAAGUCUUUUGCAUGGUUUAAUCACUGCCUAAUUGCUGUUUUCCCUUCUCCUUUCUUUCAUAUUUUCCAACUGAGAAGAGUAUAACCGUUUAGAUUCAGUGCUUUUAUGGAUGCAAUCAAUGUGACUGUUUUAGUUAAUAGGGACUAUAUUUAUCUUCUGGCUUUCUUCCUAUGCUGGGAAUGGAAUUCACAACUGCUGCAAAGUGCUCUAAAACAAUGUUGCUGACAUUUGUCAAAACUCACCCAUAGGGGGUAGCAGAGGUCAAAAGACAGUCAGCUGGUUUUGAAGCAGCCUCUGGAUGGGUUUUGGCUUCAACAGCGUCUUUUACCUAAAGCAGAAAGCCACACCAUUCCCACUUCCUGUUUUUUUUACAAUAUAGAUCAAUACAAGAAUUGAUAUACUUCAAAGGGCAGCGAGUGCUUGCCAUUUAAUGAAGAUGAGCUGCAAUUUAUCAUUUUUAAUCAAAAUGUGAAAAAUGUUUAAAACUUGAUACCUAUCAUAUAUUAAAUAGUGAGAUCACUGUUAUUUUAAAGCAAUAUUCACACUUAUAAUUAAUAGUCGAUCACUGAGAAGUUCUUAUUGAAAAGAACUUGGCUUGGAUCUGUAAUUCAAAUUAUGCUAAAAGUAUUCUUUUUUUCUAUUUUGGUAGAUCUUUAAUAAAGGUUAUACAGAAAUUGAGGAAAGAUGCAGUCACUUGAAACACUUGAGCAAAAAGCUUAUUAAUUCAACCAGCUUUAAACAUGUACAUACCUUUGGCAUCUACUUUUUUUGUAUAAUUUUGCCCUGUUAAAAUCUCAACUUUAAUUCUCAGAACACAAAUAUAUUCUCCAAGGAAUAAAAUGAGGUGAAGUGGCACAAAUUACCUGCAUAGAAGAGCAUGCAUGUACUAUAUUGAGCAACAGAUGGCUGAAAUGUGCAGCACUCCCAAUUUUUUAGCAUCCAAAAUCACUAAAAUGUUGUCCAAAUUGGCAUUGUUGUAAAACCCCAAAUUAAUUUAUAAAUGAAGAGCAAAGAUUUGAAAAUUUACAAAGAAUUGGAUUGAUGACCUUUAUAUUAUUGUUAUCAUAUUUAAAUUAUUCAGACACUUUUAGUGUUGUUUUGUUGUUCCAUUGAAUUGCCUACCAGCCUUGUAUUUAUUCUCAGCCAAUUAUGCUAGUUAAAUAUAAAGAAAUCAGCAGACCAACAAAAAUGAGCAAUACAAGUCAUAAUCAAGAUAACCAAUCUUAAUUAAUUAUUAAGGUUCAGACUUGAAAACCCUCAUUGUCAGGUUUUUCCAUGAAAGGUCCUGCUUUAUCUUGGAAGCUCCAUAAAGUAGAUCCGUGUUCAUUGAUUUUGAAAUGUAUUUUAGAUGGUCUUUGCCUCUCUCACCUUGCUGACUUGUCUCCUUCACCUCACACUCUCAUGUAUCUCACUCUCCUGACUCACUCAACACCUAUUUGCCUCACUUUACGCACAUAGGAACCUCACCACUAAUUUCUGUUUUUAGCACAAUGUAUGCCACUUUCCGGUGGUUAAAAAUGAGCCCAUUUUGUUGAGCGUUGGAAAGGUUUAAAUAAUAUGUUUAAAAUUUUUUAUUUUUUUAAAAAUCAGAAUUAAAAUAUAGUAGUCACAAAGGCUCUCUACAUCUUCAAUUACAAUGGUGGCUUCCAGAAUAAUGACAAUAUAAAUUUACUGAUAGAAUGGUUGCUUUGAGAGUAAAUGUUCCUGUUUUUUGAAAAAUAAUCACUAUAUAGAUUAAUUAUAGCACAUUAUAGCUAUAUAGCACAUUAUAGAUUCUCAGUAAUUAAACGUAGACAAUAUAUAAGAAAUGCAUUGUGGCCAUCUUAUAUUUGUGCAAUUAAAAGAGAAAUUGCAAGCCAACCAUCAUCUGUCAAGAAAUAUAGUUGAUAUUUUACCUUGAUGAUCUUUCAUCAGACUAUUUAAUUGGGAUUUUGAGUUUUAAAAUGACUAAAAUAAUUGUGCUUGAUGCAGAAACUACCACAUCUGGUUAAAUGUGCAAAAAACUUUAAUACGGAUGUAUUUUCCUUGGGUAUUUGGAUGCUCUUUGCAGUUUUCAAAGUAUUUUUAUUCACUUUGUUGUUUCCCAAUUCUGAUCAAUAAGAAAUAAUAAAACUAUACAGAACCACUGAAUAUUUAUUUUGGGCAAAAAAAUUAAUCCAAGCUAGAGGAUUUUGUAUUAUCGUUUUUAUGUUGCUUGAUGAGUAGCUAGGACUAAUAAUAGUAAGGAAAACCAGAUGUCAUUGUGACCGUUUGAGAAAUUGGGUGAAUAAUAAAUCUGAAACAUACAAGUAUCAUGUAAAGUGAUGAAGUCUUUGGGUUCUUGUAAAAUUCACAUCAUCACUAAUGCUUUUUUUGGGAAGGAAGUCUCCCACCGUCAACAAAUUGUCCUUUUUAGUUUCAGUCCCCACACCAAGGUGGUUGACUUGGAACACUAAAAUGAAAUGGAAAAUCACUGUUUUAAGUCGCCAGAAAGGAAAAACCAAAAUGGAAAAACUAUUUGAUGGAGCAUCUUUGCUACACAAACAUUAGCAGUUCAGGAAACAGUAGGGCACCAAUCUGGGGCAAAUAUGACAUGGCAACAUAUGACAGCUUUAUCCACAAUGAUUGUUUUUUAAAGCCACUAAGAUAUUUGAAGAUUGAUUAAAAUGACUCCUGUAUUUUUGCAACAUCUUUAUUUCUAUUGUGUAUUUUUUUGCAAUUCAUUUAAACCAUUACACUAAUAUAUAAUGUACAACAGCAGCUUAAUACAAACUACAUAUGCGCUAAAAUAUGUUUAGCUGUUAAAUACGUUUUCUACUUUUUGCUAGGUUGUUAGUUUCUAUAAACUGGAAUGAUUUCACAUUUUAUUUCAUCUUUCCUCAUGGCAAAGAAGUAAGCCCAUUCAACUCAUCUAUGCCAGCCUUGAGAGCCUUCACACUAGUCCUAUUCCCCUAUUUAUUUUCAUGUAUCCUAUUCUCCCUCACAUUACCCCUGUCUAAGGGGUAAUUUCUAGUGUCAAUUUCUGGUCCUACAUCUUUGGCUGGUGGGAGGAAACUAGAGCACCAUGUAUCAAUAAGGUGAUUGAACUUGGAGUUUUGUGUCAGCAGCUCCAUUUGCUGUGGCACUGUGCCACCCAUGCAUUGUUAGGUCAAUGGGCGCAUCCAUUUUUGAACAUAAAUAAAUGAAUUAUCUAAAUCUCGUUUUAACUGCAAAU